CUAUGUUCAUCUGUAAAUUAUUUACACAUUAUUGCAUGGUGUAGUUUUCCACUCAUAUUAAAGAAAAAUAUACAUAAAUGAAUAACGGUUACGAGCACGUGUAAAUUGCUCAUUUUACAUCAAGGUGUUUACGUGAAAAACGAGUUAAAAAAAUAAAUAAUAAAAAACAGGUAAACACCAAGACCUACGUAACAAUAACAGCAGGCAAUGUGUUGUGUGGUGAUAAUGUGAUAAAGAAAUGACACCACAACACGUAGUAAAUUAAACAAGUGCCACAACAAGUCACGUGUCAAAUAAUUUUGGUUAACAUACAAAAUAACAAACACAUGCGCAAUGAUAUAAAUUAUCAUAUUGUGGCGGUAAAUUUAUUUAAAUAAAUUUAAUUAUAAAUAAUUUCACCUAAUGUGUAUGCACGUGCAAAACAACCUUGACAUUUAGUGGCACACGAUCACUCUCUGGGUAAUUUUAGAAAGAUAAUUUAUUUGACAGAAAAUACAACACCUUGUUGAAAUAAAUAAAUAAAUUUAAAUGAACAGCAGCCUAAUAAUAAAGCCAACUUUUCAAAGAAUUUGGAUGAGAUGUCUCACCUCAUUCAGAAAGCCAUUGUCAUCAGAGGUUCUAACAAGUUACUUGCGGCAGACCAAGGAACCACCAUGGACAUCCUAUUUUGUCAAGUACAAUGACGUAAUAAAUGAUCAACGUGGUAUGUCCCACUUCAACUGGCCAGUCGGUUCAAGUAAUUAUCAUGUAUUACGAACUGGUUGUUUUCCCUAUAUAAAAUAUCAUUGUACAAAACGUAUUGAAGAAGAUCUUACAAUGGAUGACAAAUUCUUCAAGGCUAUCAAGAUAAUAAACCUUGGUAUUCCAUGUUUACUUUAUGGAAUAGCAGCGACAUUAUUGAUUAAACACCUGGAAAUUGUCAAUACACCCCGAGGCAAUGUUACAAUCUACUUUUUGCUUCCUGAGGACAAAUCUUCUGUUACUUAGGUGAAGGAUGAAAGUGUGUAGAGCUGUUAUCCAAGGAUAGCCAUUAAUGAUGAUGAUGGUGAUGAAUAACCACGUAUACUUUUUGAUAUUUUAAAUUAACUUGCACAUAUAAGGGAUUUUUUUCUAAUUGACUCGAUUCGCUAUCAUGGGUAUGCUGUGUUUCGAAUAAUUGACUUAAUUAGCAAGUGUUGAAUUUGUUUUUAAAAAUUUAUAUCAAACACAUGUCUUGAAUAUUAUCUUGAAAUAUAUACCUACUUGGUUUUAAAUUUUUUUUCCAAUUUUUUUGUAUUUAUUAUCAAUGGGUUGUUUAUUUUGUGCCGACAAGUGAAUUGGGUCAAUUGCUAAUGCCAUCGUUUAUUUUGCCUAGGGACAAACUUGUCGAAUAUUUUUGAUAAACAGUAUUUGUGUUUACCUCCCGGUGGAAUUCAUAUUGCUUUGCCUUGAACAUUAUAAUGUUUAUAAAAUCUUUUUAUAGCUUUAGUUUAUCUUUAAAUUUUCUGUAAACGCAUUAUAGUAUUUUUUUUUUCAUAAAUUUAUAAUGCUUAUGAGAUUUUUGAUGGCAAUAUUAUCCUUAUUUUAUUGGUAAAUAAAAUUUUUAAGCUGUUUAUUGAUAAACUUUUGAUAUUUUUAUACACAUGUUUUGAAGCAUGGUGAUAAGUAACUAUCAAUUUUCAAAAAAUAUCAGGUCAUGGAUAUUAGUUUGUCAGUAAAAUUUGCAAUUGUACAACGAGAAAAAUUUUUCUCUUUGGAUAAUAAAAAAAUCUGUUCUACAAAAGAAAAAGAAUUCACCAUUUGCUGGUUAUUGUUUUUUUUUAAAAAACAAAACUCAUAAAGAUAAAAAAAAAAAAAAA